GUGGCUUCUGUCGUCAUCAUCGUGCGACUGCAGCAAGCAUCUGGGGGAAGAUGUCGCCGCCGUUGUUUAGCCUCCCGGAGGCUCGGACUAAGCUGACUAAUGCUUCCAGAGAAGCUGUAUUAAGCAAGAACGUCAAACAUUUGGUGAAUGUGUUUAGCCACAUACCUGGAAGUGAAAAUGAGAAGAAGUUCACCCUUGACCAAGUAUUCAGAGCUGUUCUGGAGGAGGAAAUAAUAAACCAAGUGUCCUGCGAUGACUAUCUUGCCAUUAUUUCACUUGCCAUAAGUGGAGUCACAGAAGGUGGUAUUUGCACAGCUACUACCCCAUUUGUGCUGCUUGGUGAUGUACUUGAUUGUCUUCCUUUGGAUAAAUGUGAUCAUAUUUUCACAUUCAUUGAGAAAAAUGUUGGCACGUGGAAAUCUAACACCUUUUAUUCCGCUGGGAAGAAUUACUUGCUAAGGAUGUGUAACGAUCUUCUGCGAAGGCUUUCAAAAUCCCAAAACACUGUGUUCUGUGGAAGAAUCCAGUUGUUCUUGGCUCGAUUAUUUCCGCUGUCUGAAAAGUCUGGUCUGAAUUUGCAGAGCCAGUUUAAUUUGGAGAAUGUCACAGUAUUUAAUGUCAAUGAGCAGGAAAGCACAUUGGGACAGAAGCAGGUGGAAGAUAAAGAUGACGGCAUGGAAAUUGAAGAAGGAGAGAUGGGAGAUGAUGAUGCCCCUACCAACUCUUCAAUUCCUAUAGAUUACAAUUUGUAUAGGAAGUUUUGGUCUCUCCAGGACUACUUUAGGAACCCUGUGCAGUGCUAUGACAAGAGCUCCUGGAAAGUUUUCCUCAAGUUUUCAGAGGAAGUUCUAACUGUAUUUAAAAGCUACAAAUUGGAUGAUACUCAGGCAUCACAGAAAAAAAUCGAACAGUUAAAGGCGGAAGGAGAGCAUGUGUACUUUGCCAAGUUCCUGACAAGUGAGAAGUUAAUGGAUCUACAACUGAGUGACAGCAAUUUUCGACGCCAUAUCUUGUUACAAUAUCUUAUCCUGUUCCAGUAUCUGAAAGGUCAAGUAAAGUUUAAAAGCUCUAAUUAUGUACUACUUGAUGAACAGUCACUUUGGAUUGAGGAUACCACUAAACUUGUCCAUCAGUUACUUUGUGAAACCCCUUCAGUAGGAGACAAGUUUUCUAAAAUGGUGGAGCACAUACUUAAUUCAGAAGAAAACUGGAAUGCAUGGAAAAAUGAAGGCUGUCCAAGUUUUGUAAAAGAAAGACCAGCAGAGCCUAAACCAGUGAAAUUACCACGGAAACGUCCAGCCCCUGAAGAUUUUUUGGGGAAAGGUCCAAACAAAAAGGUUUUAAUGGGAAAUGAAGAGCUAACAAGGCUGUGGAACCUCUGUCCUGAUAACAUUGAAGCUUGUAAGCUGGAGAGCAGAGAGUUUAUGCCAACAUUGGAGCAGUUCUUUGAGGAAGCUAUUGAACAAGCUGACCCUGAAAACAUGGUUGAAAAUGAAUACAAAGUGGUGAACAACUCAAAUUAUGGAUGGAGAGCAUUGAGAUUGCUGGCACGUAGAAGUCCUCACUUCUUCCAGCCCACGAACCAACAGUAUAAGAGUUUACCAGAAUACCUUGAAAAUAUGGUCAUCAAAUUGGCUAAAGAAUUGCCUCCUCCAUCUGAAGAAAUAAAGACAGGUGAAGAUGAUGAUGAUGAAGAUAAUGAAUCUUUGUUGAAGGAGAACAAUGAGAGUCCAGAUGUUCAACAACAGAAGAUAGUCACUGGUGAGCUGAUAGAAUCAUUUGCCAACAAGCUGGGUGAACACUGGAAAAUACUAGCUCCUUUCUUAGAGAUGAAAGAGUUGGACAUUAAAGGGAUCGAAUCGGACAGUGAAGAUGUAAAGAUGAGAGCUAAACUCCUCCUUAUUGCAUGGCAAGAUCGGGAAGGAGCUCAUGCAACUGCUGAGAAUCUAAUUGCUGCCCUAAACAGUGCCUGCUUAACGGAACUUGCUGAAAAUCUCACAAAUGAUGCUGAAAAUGGUACAUAAAAACCUGAGAAAACUUACAACACUGUGUAUAAAGCAAGAUUUAGUGAACAUCUUUGCUGCAAUGCCCACGCAGUGCAAUGUUUUGUUUAUCCCUUUCCAUACAGUCUGGAGUUGGAUAUAUAUAUAUAUAUAUAUAUAUAUAUAUAUUUCUUUUUUCCUUCCUUCAUAUUCUGGAUUGAGAUUACUAAUAACAUCUUCCCACCUUUAUUGUAUUGAAAGGACAUUUCUGGUCAAAUGUGACAGGAGCCACCAUGAAUUUCUUAAUGUUAAUUACUAUUAGUGCUCAUGUGUCCUAAUACACUGACAAUUUUAAUAAAGGAUGAUAAAUAGGAACUUGCUAAAUAUACAUAAAGAUCUAUGCAAUGAUUUAAAAAAAAAAAAAAAGACUA